CCACCACCACCUCACCCUCUUCAUCAAAGUCUCGGUCUUUCUCCCUCUCGCUCUCAACUUUCUGUCUUGUCGCUUUCCGUCCUUCCUGUCUCCGACUUACCCUCUCCAUCUCCAGUCGAAACUUGAUACGGGCCGCCAUUACCAUUUACGUGUCCAAGCCAAAGCGUUCUCGCACACUGUCAUCCCAUCGACACCAGCCGUCGCUGCCAUCUUACACCGCACCCAGUACCGCGCCUAAGGUGCCAAAGUGGAACUUGGAACAUCCCCUCGGAUCCGCUCAUCAAAGUCCCUCAGACUUGGGUUACGCUACGAGAUUAUUCGGACCUGCAGAACAUCAAAACCCUCCAAGGCACCCAUUCAUUACUACCUACCUUGUUUCCCGCAAGGUCACGGUCCUCAAACGAACAUAUCUACCAACGUUAUCCGCAACCAGCACUGGCAAAGACCAUCCACUACACCACAGCUCUUACGACGACAUACGCAGAGAAGUUUUCAUUUUGCGGCUAGACCCCUGAUUUUACAGCCGUCCACCACAUACAUUGGCCAGGACCAGGGUACAAAGAAAAGGUCGAAAAAAAUCUGCGGUGGUCUCGGUGUGGCAUGACGGAUGACAUCAAUACACUAAGACCACGAACCACGCAAACCUUGGGCGCCAGGAUACCUACUUGGCAACCGUCUUCCUUGCUGUUCCUCCUCGCUCGAACCCCUUCAACAACCUAGCUCAUCACUUCCCACCAUGUCUUCCUAUACCAUGACCAGGAUGGGCUCCGACUCGUUCCUGCCUUCGGGUUCUAUCGACACCAGCAUGCGCUUUCCUCUUCCUAGUCUGGGCGCCGACUCCUCUUCCCUCAUCUCUCCCCUCGCCUUGCCUCGAGGUGCCGCCGGCUACUUCGAUGUUGCCUCAGCUAUGGGCAAUCCCGCUUUGCAGGCGCCAUCCAAGCUUUCUUUUCCGGGACGCCACGUUUACUCACCACUAUCUCCCAAUUUUCGUGGUCCUGUCGCCGGCCACAUGUCGCAGUUCACGUCACCCAACCUAGCACCCAUUCAACAAGGACUCCAGUGUCAGCUUGAUCCACAACGAUCUACCAGCGUUCCUCCCAAUCUGCGAAGAUCCAAGACCGGCCAGGCUACAAAAGCCAAGCUCUCGAUCCUCUCCCCGCCACUAACAACAUCAAUGGAUGGCUUGAGUGCUUCCCCUGGUGAUGCCUUUCUAGGUGUUUCGGUGCCGGCUAUCAGCUCUGUCUCUGCCGGACAGGCCCGCUCAGCCUCGGCGGACACUGUGAAUGCACCCUCGAACACACAGAUGGUCCGGCGCCUAGUCCAACAAAAUGGCAGGAUAAGAGAAGCUUGGGAAGCGGAGCGCAAGUACUUGGAAGCAAACAGGGAGCGCGCUGAAGAAGUGUAUAAGGAGGAGCGGGCCCUCAUGGAGGAGGAGAGGGCAGAAUGGGAAGCUGAGAAGGCCAUGCUGCUACAGGAGAUCGAACGACUCCAGCAACAGGUGGCUCAUCUAGGAGGACAGUCCAGUAAUGCGAACCUUGCAGCCUUGGCGGCUGCUCAUGCAUCCCAAAAUGGAAGGAUUGGCAACGUCUGCUGGGGCGAGGUUUCGCCCGAGAGCAUGAGGAGCUCGCGGUCUUCUCAAGGAAGCACGCAACAUACGUACACUCAGCAACCAGAACAACCCAUUCAAACUGCUUCUGUCAACGAAAUUCCCGGACCUCAGGGUCCCGUAGUGGCCGAUUCCAUGGCCCAGUCUCCCGAGCUGCGUCCAAGCAGUCCCGCGCCUAUUGUCGAUGUCCAGGCAAUUCACCCAGAGCUCGAAGGAAUCCCAAUCAAAGCCAACUCGGUUCAGAAAUCGACAUUCACAGAUGAUGCCGUAGUGGAAGCGCUCAAGUCCCCGACCAAGAUUCCGUCACCACUCCCGGCCUCCGAUGUGCCAGAGCCCAGAUCGGAAAGCCCGGCAAAGGAGCAAACCAAGCAAGUCCUUAAGGCAGAAGCGUCGGUUCGUCUCACCAUGCAUGCUGGCCAUACUCCCAGCCACUCCCUCUCUGUCCUGGCAACCGCAACGUCUUCUGGAGUUGGCACCAUCAAUAGCAGUGGUAGCAGCACACCCACGUUGCAGCACGGCGACCAUAUGGCCACUCAGACGCUUGGGGUCAUAAACGAACAAGAAGGCGCUAUCCAACUGGCUGAGCAGGAGUCGGUAAUCUCUGAAGAUCCUCCUGCGGCUUAUGAGCCCGUGGAGGAUCGUCCUCUCAAAGGUCCGCUGAUGGUUAGGAACAUGCCUGCCCAUGACGAGAUCUUCUUCCGUAGGCUUUCCGAUAAGCUCGAAGAGGUCAGCAAGGACACUAUGGCAGCCCUUCCUUCUGUUCUGAGGGAUGCUAUUGAUGAUGACGACGAGGCGGUGCCGUCGAACGCGGCGGAGAAUCAGUCUGGCGAAUCGAGCAAAGGGAAAGAGAACAGCAGCGGCUCUAAGAGCGAGGAUGAAGCGGAAUUGGAUAUCCCUCUCAAGUUGAGGCGUAACAACAACUUUGGCGCUCCCUUUGGCGAGUUCAAGUUUUGAGGACUGACCUUCAUGACAGUUGGUCGGACUUGUUACCACCAACUCGCCACUUGGCAACAUUUCUUCCUGUAUCUAUCUACACACAGUACCGUUGGGUAUUCUGUGCGUUUUUUUUUUGUUUGUUUUUUGUUUUUUGUUUGGUAUUCUUUUGUGGGUGUUUUUGCUUACAUGGCGUUGGAGGUGUCUACACCGGGACUUGCCCAUAUCAUUAUACCCCCUUGACGUCGUUGGACGAAACAAGUUCAUUUGAUUUACUUUCUCCUAUUUGGAUACACGCAUGCAACAUGAUGCAUAUGAGGAACAGAACAAUGAUAGACUGGCAAUCCGUAUUUUGGGCAUCAGUACGGGGGAUUGAACUCCGUACAAAGAAAGCCUCGAUCGAUUCGGGCAUCAUAGAAUGGUACAUAAUAGGAGAGCAUGAUAAAAAUGGGAAGAUUGAUACCAGUCGUGCAUCAGGCAGGAUAUGAAACGAGGCGGGAACGAGGCAGCAUUGGCAAGCAGUCUGAUGGCUUUACUACACUUUUACACUCACCGA